AAGUAAGAUAUAAUUUUGAUAUAUCAUUUGUUCAUUUAAAUUAAAUUUAAUUUGUAAUAAAAUAAAAAUCAUAAAAUAGAUGACCCAGACUCGCCUGAGGAGUGUCCGGCCGAACCAUAAAUCUCUUGGCGACUUGUGUGGCGGGAAAAGAAACCUAGGUUUUUCGAUCGGGUUGUUUGGAGAGGGGGAAGAGCGUGGGGGAGAGAAACAGAGGGAGCACCGAUGGCGGAGGAGAAAGAGAAAGGAGCGGUGAUUCCGGCAGUUGUCGUAGAAGACCUGCCGAAGACUAUCGUCCGCCGGCUAGUGAAAGAAAAGCUCUCACAGCUCUCCAGGGACGGCGAAAUGUCCCUUCUUCGCGACGCUCUUCAAGCCUUCACCGAGAGCGCCCGCAUCUUCAUCCACUACCUGUCUGCUGCUGCAAAUGAUAAUUGCAUGGAGUCUAAAAGGCAAACAAUGAAUGCUGAAGAUGUAUUCAAGGCUCUUGAAGAUAUAGAGUUUAGUGAAUUUGUGGGACCUCUCAAAGCUUCUCUUGAAGAGUUCAGACUGAAAAAUUCUAAAAGGAAGGCGGUAUCUUCUAAGCCGGUGGAAUCCAACAAAAAGAGCAAGGGGGAAGGAAAACAUGCCGAAAAUGGUAAGAUGAAAGGGAAACAGGACCCUACGGAUAACCCAAAGGGUAAGCACAAAAAGACUGCAGCGGAUGGAGAUGGUGCAGGAAAGGCACAAAUAGUUGAAAGCGAAGAGAAAGGUGGUCAAGAAACCAAUGGAAGUGAAAAAGAAGAAGACGGAGAAGAAGAAGAAGAACAAGAAGAAGAAGAACAAGAAGAAGAAGAACUAGAAGAAGAAGAAGAAAAACAACAACAAGAAGAAGAAGAAGAAGAAGAAGAACAGAGUAGAGGCGACAGUGUUGAUGAAGAAGAAGGCAAUGCAAGCGACGACAGUGGUGACGAUUGAAGAGAUAUUGCAUAAACUAUAACUAAUGAAGGAAACACGUUUUGAUCUCUUUCACAUUCCCCUGUAAUGGGUGCCCUGCUCAUGUAAAGAGAUCAUACCUAAGUUAUUUACAAUUUUGGAUUUUUUAAUAUUCCAUCCGAAGAAAGAAUGAAAUAAAAAAUCUAAAAAUGUAGUUGUUAUUUAAAUAUUGAAAAUGAGUAAUACACUAACUGAAGAACAACCACAUUUAAUAUCCUGACGGUUCAAAAAAAGCGACGAGGUAAAGAACCGUAAAGAAACCCUCGAAGGAGCUUAUAUAUCGCUCACCUAAAAAAAUUAAUUACAUAUUUACAUUAACAUAAAAAAAAUUUAUAACUUAUUCUUCAGAACUCGGACUUCCAUCUGUGGUUGCAUUCAUGUAAUGCUCCGAUUCGAGUUGGUACGAUGACUCUUGAGCCCGACGUCUUGCCAAGAGCCAAUCUUGGUUGCAAACCAGUGUUUCAAGAGAUUCAGCGUUAAGACAACUUCGGUAGUCGGUUAGAAUGUUGCCGCCAGCACUGAAUUCUCGUUCAACUGCUACGGUUGAUACUGNAAAUUUU